AUGGUGGUACGGGACGUGGAUCAUGAGCCGUUCUAUAUUAAGAUUGACGGCAAAUGGGCCUAUAUCACCGAGGACGUGCUGAAGGCGCACCCCGGCGCAUCGGCCAUCACCACGUACCGGGAUUCUGAGGCUUCCACGGUAUUCCACACAUUCCAUUCGGGCUCCACCUGGGCAUACAAGUGGCUGGCCGAGCUGAAGGAGAACACGGACCAGAAUGAGCAACAAAUCCCCGGCUACGACGACAUCAACAUGUCCGAGUUCCACCUGUCGAAGGAGGAGGGCGACCAGUUGACCAAGAACUUUGACAAGUUGCGCCUCGACGUGAAGAAGCGCGGCCUGAUGGAGGCGAACCUACUCUUUUACGUGCGAAAGACGCUGGAGACGAUCUUCACCAUCUUGGGCGCGUUCUACCUACAGUACCACGGCUACUACAUCGUCUCCGCCAUUCUGAUGGGCAUCGCAUGGCAGCAGCUCGGCUGGCUCGUCCACGAGGCCACUCAUCAUCAGGUGUUCAAGAACCGCUGGCACAACGACUUGUACAGCUACCUGGUGGGCGACUUCCUGCAGGGGUUCUCGGCUUCCGGGUGGAAGGAGCAGCACAACGUCCACCACGCCGCCACAAAUGUCGUCGGCCGUGAUGGAGAUCUGGAUCUGAUGCCCUAUUUUGCGACGGUGGCACGACAUCUGAAGGUGGCCGACUCGUGGCUCCUCUCCGUCCUCCCCUACCAACACAUGUACUGGACGUUCGCGUUGCCUUUCUUGCGCAUCUCCUGGCUGGUCCAAUCCAUCACGUUCGUGUCCACGAUGCACACCUCCUUCUACACGUGCUACCGCGAGCGCGCUUUGUACGAACAGUUGUACACCACGCGCAACAUGAAGCCGUCGAUGUUCAUCGACUGGCUGUGGGGCGGUCUGAACUAUCAGAUCGAGCACCACUUGUUCCCGACGAUGCCUCGCCACAACUUGUCCAAGGUGAUGCCGCUGGUGAAGGAGUGGAGCAAGGCGAACAAGUUACCCUAUAUGGUGGAUGACUAUUUUACUGGAUGGAAGGAGGUUAUCGCGCAGUUCGCCUCGGUGGCGGCGGUUGCCGAGAAGAUGAACAAAAAGGUCAAGCCGCUCUUCACGAAGCCGAAGCGCCGC